AUGAAUUUUGCAAGUGAUGUGUAUCCACCGGGGACACAGCUUACUGUGGGCACCCACCAGGUGGUGGUGGAUAAAUACUUCAGUAAAGGCGGGUUUGCACAAGUUUACACGUGUACAAUACAACCAGCUUGGAAAACACAAACGCAGGCAUGUCUGAAGAGAGUGAUGGUCCCAGACAAACCAUCUUUGGUAACUUUAAGGAAGGAAGUUGACGCAAUGAGGAAAUUACAAGGUUUGAGCUGUAUUGUGUCGUAUAUAGACUCACACGCUGCAAGAUCCAGGGGGAAUUCGGCAAUGGCAUAUGAAGUAUUUGUGCUUAUGGAAUAUUGUCCUAAUAAGGGGCUAAUUGACUACAUGAACACCAGAUUGGUUAACAAACUGAAGGAACCGGAGAUUCUGUCUAUUAUGGAACAAAUUACAGAAGGUGUUGCUCAUAUGCAUGCACUAAAUCCUCCAUUGAUUCAUCGAGAUAUAAAAAUAGAGAAUGUUUUGAUUGAUGCAAACAUGAGCUUUAAGUUGUGUGAUUUUGGAUCAGUUUCAACACCAAUUCAACCACCUAAAAAUAUUGAAGAAUUCAAAUAUAUCCAAGAUGAUAUUUUGAGAAAUACAACUCCUCAAUACAGAUCACCUGAAAUGUUGGAUUUGUACAAGAACCAGCCAAUUGAUGAGAAGUCGGACAUUUGGGCAUUAGGUGUCUUUCUUUAUAAACUAUGUUAUUACACGUCACCAUUUGAGAAAAAUGCUAUCAAUAAUAACCUAAAUGUUGGCUACGACGAGAAUUUCUUAAUAUUACAUGGGAUGUAUAGUUUACCACCAACGCCCGCAUAUUCCCCAAGGUUGAAGAAUAUGAUCUCAAAAUUGUUAGUGGUAAAUCCAAGCCAACGUCCAACUGUUUUUCAGCUGUUGGAAGAAAUCUGUAAUAUGAGAGGCAAGCCUUAUCCGCAAAUCAAAAAGCAAACAACCACGUUCCUACCAACUCCUAUUAGUACUAGCAGCUCUGUGAGGAGCUACGUACCUGUGACGCCAGCCAAGAUGGCUACUGGUGGUGGUACCGUGGAUAAUAAUCCAACAUCUGGUUUCAAAUACAAUGCUUUGAAACAAACGUUGUCGAACACCGAAAGCUUGGUGACUACGAAUGACCCUGUGAGGGAAAUUACCAGUGGUAGGUCUCGGAGGCCGUUAUCAUUGUACAAUAAGUAUCCUGCUGAUCGCUCCAACAAUCGAGAUAAUAGUGUGGAUAUUAUAAACUUUAUGAAUGAACUAAGUACCGAGGAGGUUGUGAAACUAUCUCCAGAUGGGAAGAAGAGUGAUAAAAAAACAGAGUUUAUUCCUAAUGCAUUGGAUUAUAUCAAGUCUUUGUCUAGGCAAAACACCAACCAGAGCAUGAAUAAGUCUAAUUCAACUUCGAAAUCCAAGAAAAGAUCCAGCAUUACAUCAAUCAAGAAUUUACUUACAGGAGGAUCUACGAAAUCAAUUGAUCAUACCAAUGACCGACCAUCGCAUAGGUCUUCACUUCAUUUGAAAAGGAACACUAGUGUUGAUUCCUUGCCAGACUCAAGCGCAUAUAAACCAAGCACACAGUUGGCAGAUCUGAAAGAGAUGUCGCCUGAGGGCAAGAAACCACCACAAUUCGAAAGCAUUGAUGCUACUAAGGGCUCAAAGAGGUCUAUCCAUAACAGAAUCAAGACUUUAUUCAACGAUAGCAAUGAACCUAAAAUCAAAACAGCAUCAGGAUACGGAAAAUAUACUGAUAAUAUUAUUAAGUCGAAUACAAUUGCAAGUAUAUCACCGGCUGAAGCUUCGCAUAAAGUUAUUACAAAGCCUAUAAAGUCAUCAGCAACUAUAGAUUCUGCUACCACCGCCAAUAUUGUGAAAAGUAAAAAACCUCCACCACCAAAACCAAAGAAACCAGCAUAUUUACGAUCAACAACUGAUACUCAAAAUGAAGAUUUCGAUGCAUUAGAAAGACGCUUUGAAAGAAAAUUUGUAACUAUUGAUAAGAUAUAA